AUGGCUACCACCACUGACCUCUCUUGGGUCACGGUCCUCUCUCGAGGCCUCUCCAAGAAGGUCAUCAAUGCUCCACAACAGCGAGCUAAAGAUGACCAUUUUAAACUAAUUCCUGAAGUUAUGUUCGAACACGAAGAUCUGAAGGCCGAGGUGCUCACUCGUAAAGCUACUGCCAUCCUGCAGCAAGCUUUGACACCGGGAUCGGUUUUGUUUACCUUUCCAAACAAACUUUUUGUGCAUCGUACAACAGCGUAUCGCCUCAUUCAGGAACAAAUAGCUGCUAGUGUCCAGUUUCGCCCCCUUAGUCUGUAUCACCAGAAGUCAACUGGAGAUCUCUUGGUGGAAGCUAAAUUUGACUCCCCUGAGGAUGCCAAACGAGCCAUCAACAACGGCAUCACUCAUGGCGAUGUGGUAUACAAAGCUACUGCUGUCAAGGACAACAGCGAGGGCAAACUCACCCAUGUGCAGAUGACUAUUGUCCGCAUGCCAAACAUGACCACUUUUCUGGAGGACUUGCAACGCUCGCUGAAAUACUAUGGUAAGCUAUACCAAAUCAAGAAGUACACUGUUGAUGGCUUCUUUGAGGGUCAUGUCAGCUUCCUGAUCGACACUUCGGUCAAGUACACUGACGCGGAAGGUCACUCCUACGACGUACAGCCUUUGAGUCGCAUGCUUUACCUUUCCGCCUGGGAUGUCUAUGUGCCAGCGACAUACAGAGGAGCACCACCAGUUUGCCAUUUCUGCCGUCAGAGUGGACACAUUCGCGCUGCUUGUCCUAUCCUAGCUAAACGCAAAUGCUUCAAAUGUCACAAGUUGGGACACACUGUUAAGUUCUGUCGAGAGGAAGAGAAGCCUUUUGACGAAGCAAUCGCCGAAUAUGAGUCGAGCCAAAGGGAUCACACUGAUUCCUACUCAGUCACUCCAAUUGAUAAAGAUAACGAAAAAGAGAAGGGCCACAGAGCAUCUCCUGCGAUCAAUGGUAUUCUCGCGCAGCAACUGCCAUCUCAGCCCACCACCACAGACAAGCUAGCCGGCAAAACGACCGAGCUCAAAAGUAGCCAGAUCAGUACCUGGUUUUCCGCAGAUGACAGCCAAACCUGGGACCAGUCUCCGGAUGUGAUGGAGGUAGAUCCCCAGACCCUCCAGCGUUCUCCCAACGGUAGCGAUGCUUCUAAGCAUGCUCCGUUAGCUUCGUCCUUCCAUAUGCAUUUGGAUCCCAAGUUAUCUGCUGACAAUGUCUCCUCUCCCAAUGAUUUCCAGACUGAUGUGCCCUCUCUCCGCCGUCAUUCUAUGAGCUCGACGUCUAUGUCGCAGCCAACAGUGUAUCAGGACGCCCAUAGGGCAUAA